ACGUCAUCAUUUCCGUUUCCGUAUAUUGAACUGGAUGAAUCUUGUAAGGCUUUAAAUCGCUUUUUGUGUUAUUCACGUGGUUUCAAGGCACUUUUAAAAUGCAUGGAUAACAAAGAUGAAGACGGGAUCUUCCCCUGGAAAACAAAAUGUAGCUAGAAAAUAUGCUAUUCUACGUGAAUGCAUUUAUCUGCUAGUGACUCAGGUUUGGUGCAUUGUCUGGCGAUGCGAUGAUGAUGGGCUUAGAAAUAAAAGAUCGUUGUGGUACGUUAAAACUUCUCCACCUUGACUAAUGACGAUCGCUGGCAAUCACUGAUUAUUUUCAUCUGCUCUGCUUGUGCAUGACGAAAUUCCUGUAAAAUUAGAAUUGUGGCUAUGGAGGAGAGUACUAAAGAGCUGAGGGAAGAGUGGACCUUACUACUCUGGACCACGGUUGCUGUUCUGGUGCCAGUGCUCAUCACACUGUGGUGCAGCUUUCAGCGUCCCAAACGCAAAGUUCCACUGAAAGAUCUGUUCCGAAAGAGCAAACACGGCUGGCACUACACGGACCUGUUCAACAAGCCGACCUACUGCUGCGUGUGCUCUCAGCCCAUCCUGCAGGGGGCGUUCUGUGACUGCUGCGGCAUAUGUGCGGAUGAGGAGUGCAUACAGAGGGCAGAUCGCACCCUCUCAUGUAAGGAGAUCAUGACCCAGAGUCAGACAGAUGGGAAGUUUUACCAUCAGUGGGUCAGGGGAAAUGUGCCCCUCGCUAGCUACUGUGCCGAGUGCAAACAGCAAUGCGGGAAUCAACCUAAACUCUGCGACUAUAGGUGUGUAUGGUGUCAGACCACAGUGCAUGAUGACUGCCUUUCUAGUCUGAAUGAUGAUUUGUGUGAUCUUGGAGAGUUCCGCUCUGUUAUCAUACCCCCGUAUUACCUCUAUCAAGUCAACAAACUCCGCAGAAGACACCCCGAUGAGUACAGCAAGCUUGCUGCAGACUGUGGGAGUGGCUGGACUCCGGUUCUGGUCUUGGCAAACACAAGAAGUGGCAACAACAUGGGGGAAGUUUUGCUGGGAGAAUUUCGUACCCUCCUGAACCCUGUGCAGGUGUUUGAUCUCUCUGAGCUGCCUCCGUCUAAAGCCCUGCAGCUGUGUACUCUUCUGCCCCCCGGCAGGGUGCGUGUUCUGGUGUGUGGGGGAGAUGGCACAGUAGGCUGGGUUCUGGAUGCCAUUGAUACCAUGAAGCUGAAGGGUCAGGAUCAGUUUAUCCCUCUUGUGACUAUCCUGCCGUUGGGCACAGGCAAUGAUUUAUCAAACUCUUUAGGAUUGGGAGCAGGAUAUGCUGGAGAGAUUCCAGUAGAACAGGUGCUCAGGAAUGCUCUAGAGGCCGAGGUAGUCAAAAUGGACAGGUGGAAAGUUCAAGUUGUCUCCAAAGGAAACUAUUUUCGUAAGCCAAAGGUGUGGUCCAUGAAUAAUUAUUUCUCAGUGGGUCCUGAUGCUCUCAUGGCACUGAACUUCCAUGCACACAGAGAGAAAACGCCCUCCUUUUUCUCCAGCCGAAUCAUCAAUAAGGCAGUGUACUUCCUCUAUGGUACGAAGGAUUGUUUAGUGCAAGAAUGUAAAGAUCUGGAUAAGAGGAUUGAGCUGGAGUUGGAUGGAGAACAAGUUACUUUGCCCAGUCUGGAGGGGAUAAUAGUGUGCAAUAUCGGCUACUGGGGCGGUGGCUGUAGACUGUGGGAGGGAAUGGGAGAUGAACCCUAUCCUCCAACACGUGUUGAUGAUGGUUUAUUAGAGGUGGUGGGAGUUUAUGGCUCAUUCCACUGUGCACAGAUCCAGGUGAAACUGGCCAAUCCUGUGAGGCUGGGACAGGCACAUACAGUACGGCUGGUGUUGAAGAGUUCUCGGAUGCCAAUGCAGGUGGAUGGAGAGCCGUGGGCGCAAGGUCCAUGCACCAUCACCAUUACCCAUAAGACCCAGGCCCUCAUGCUGUACCAUAGUGCAGAACAUACAGAUGAUGAUGACUCCAGCGCUUCGGAGGCUGAAGAGCCCUCAGCCGAUCACAUUGACACAGCUAGCAACACACAGGAAACUGUGACAUUGUCUUAGUAAGGCUGUAAUCAUUCUGUCUGUGCCAUUUACACCACAGAAAGUAGCACAGCAUGAAAGGAAGUCACCCUGAUGUCAUAAAUGUAAAUGUACAUAAUGUGCAUGUGCUGCUCUAGUAAUAACAUCUGCAGUGGUUAUUUCUGGGAGUUUAAAGCCCCUGUCUCUCUCAAGCACAGCUCCUGCAGUUCUCAAACUUUCCACAAGGUGUCUAUCUCUGUUGAAACCGGUUUGUAGAUUUGUGUGCAUAAUUUUUUUUUCUACCAGUGAUGUUAACCAGAAGCUCAAAGAAGUGGCUCAUAUUUUAGAUAUUUUGUUCACAAUGGAAGUUAUAUUUAGCUGUAAGCAAUCAUAAAAAAGAAAAUUCAGUCCAGUGGAGAAUGUAAAAAAAAAAGCUGCUUCGACACAAAUGUUUUGCACUGAUCUUGAGUGCCACAGGUCUGUGAAAAUACAACUCACUACAGAAAUCUUGUAUUUGAGUUGUAUAUAUAAAUGAAACUGCAAUAAUUUUGUUUAUGCUGUUAUGUUUUGUAAAUUUCUUUUGUAAAUUUCUUUUGUGAAACCUUUGCACUGCUUGAAUCUAGAGUGGAUUGUGAAUGGGCGUGCCAUUGAUAUCUUAUCUCUUAUCUUUUGCAACUAUUCCUAUAACCAGUGUGUUAUUGGUUUUGUUUAUGAAAUGGCAGUAAAAUGUUUCAGAGCACUGGAAUAAGAUACUGUUCUUUAUUUUGUUGUUUGCAUAUGCUGAUUAUCAGGCAUUUUUGUUGUUUUAUUCAUUGUUCAUUUUCUCCACAUUUCCAUAGAUUUGUUACGUUUUUAUGCAUCCUGCUUGAGUAAAAUAGACUUUGCCUAGAAUAUAACCAACCUUAAAGCG